AUGACCAAAGGAAACACCAUGGCGUCUUCUCCACCACUGGAAAGUUACCAAAUUGGCUGGAUCUGUGCCUUACCUAUUGAGGCGGCCGCCGCUGAGGAAAUGCUUGAUGAGGAUUUUGGUCCACUUGAUGAACAAGACAAUGCGGACACAAACAUAUAUACCUUGGGUCGAAUCGGCAAACAUCAUGUUGUGAUUGCAUGUAUGGGAGGGCGAUAUGGGACGACUUCAGCCACAAUAGUUGCCAAUAAUAUGAUGCGGACUUUUUCAAAGUCAUUACGAGUUGGGUUGAUGGUUGGGAUUGGAGGAGGAAUUCCAACCGCCACCAAUGAUAUCCGACUGGGUGAUAUUGUAAUCAGUUAUCCUACGGAUACAUGUGGUGGCGUACUCCAGCAUGAUAUGGGACGAAUUGGUGAAGAUGGAAAACUCACCCGUACUGGGUCAUUGAACAGUCCACCUAGAUUAUUGUUGGUUGCGGCUGACAAGAUGAGGACUCAUAUGUUAACAAAAGAUCCUUCCUACCCAUAUUAUAUUGAGAAGGUAAUCCAGAAAAACGCGCGCACACGACGGAAUUUCGGCAGACCAGAACCGCGAAAUGAUCGGCUCUUCCAAACUGAGUAUGAGCAUCCCCCCACCGCAGAUACCUGUGACAAUUGUUUGGCAGAAUGGGAGGUCAGCAGGCCUGAGCGCGAGGACAAUGAACCACAGCCACAUUAUGGUAUUAUUGCAUCAGGAAAUGCUGUUGUUAAACAUGGGAAAACAAGGGAGCGGCUGCAGAAGGAUACUGGUGCAUUGUGCUUUGAAAUGGAGGCUGCUGGCUUGAUGCUAGACUUUCCAUGUAUUGUUAUUCGUGGUCUUUGUGACUAUGCCGACUCUCACAAGACCAAGAGAUGGCAGGGUUAUGCUGCAUUGGCAGCUGCAUCCUAUACAAAAGAACUACUUAGUUAUGUGCCUCAUGGUCAGGUAUCACAAGAGAAAUUGGUGACGGAUACUUUAACAAUUGCCAAAGAACUGAAAAGCUUGAACAGUAGUACCAACUCUGUUGUCAAAAAAAUAGAUUUGCAAGGAUUGAAAACUGCCGCCGGAGCAGCAUUUAACUCUUAUGAUAAUCAACACACCGAAUGUCUUUCAGGAACCCGAGUUGAGCUGCUGCGAGAAAUUGAAGAUUGGACAAAAUCACCGGACGGAAAAUCCAUAUUGUGGCUGAACGGCAUGGCUGGGACUGGAAAGUCAACAAUCUCCCGAACAGUUGCGGGUUGUCUUAAACGGCAACAUCUACUCGGAGCAACCUUCUUCUUUAAGAGAGGUGAAGAGGACCGAGGAACAGCAAAGAAGCUUUUCCCAACAUUGGUAGAGCAACUGAUCAAUGGCCUACCCCACAUGUUCCCAGAAGUCCAAAUGGCAAUCGACGAUGAUCCAAAUAUUUCAGAAAACGAAUUGGAGGAACAAUUUGAAAAGCUUCUUAUUGACCCACUGCUUCGAAUUGAACAGGGCGGGGAGACGACAACCAGAGUGAUCGUGAUCGAUGCUCUGGAUGAAUGCGAUUGUGAAGAUGAUAUACGGGUCAUUCUCCGGCUUCUGCCACAAGUACGAAGGUCGACUUCAAUGCAACUUCGAUUUUUUUUAACAAGCAGACCUGAGUUGCCAAUCAAGCUGGGCUUCACAGAGAUAACUGGUGUUUACCAGGAUUUGGUUCUUCAUGAGAUUCCCGAGCCAGUGAUAGAGCGCGAUAUAUCAUUGUAUUUUAAGGAUCAAUUCUCCCGUUUAAGACGAGAGCGCUCAUUUUCAUCAACUUGGCCCGGGGAUGCAACUGUUAAAAUACUGAUUGACAAAGCCUUCCCUUUGUUCAUUGCAGCUGCUACCUUAUGUCGAUUUAUUGGUGAUGUGAAUUGGAACCCCAAGAAACGGCUUGACGAGUUUCUAUCAGAUCAAACAAUUUAUGUGUCCAAGAUGGAUAGGAUAUAUGUUCCUGUGCUAAAGCAACUCCUUACUGGCCAGAAUGAGGAGGAGUCACAGCAAUUACUUGAAGAUUUCAAGAGGAUAGUUGGAGCUGUGAUUAUUCUUGCCACCCCACUCUCAAUAAAUGCCCUUAGCCAGCUGCUGGACAGAGAGCGAGAGGAUGUUGAAUGCCGGUUAGGUCGACUCCACUCAGUUCUCAGUAUACCAAAUGAUUUUGACACCCCUGUCAGAGUUUUCCAUCUAUCAUUCCGAGAUUUUCUUCUGGAUCAUCAGAAAGUGACUAUUGAGAAGCUGGAGUCACUUAUACAGGGCGACAAAUAUUCAGAAAUAUCAGGGUUCUUUUAUGAUGCAAAACGGUUUGUUCGUAAAAAUCGGCAAAUAGUUGCUAGUGCUCCACUGCAACUUUACUCAUCAGGGCUUAUUUUUGCCCCCAACAACUCAACAAUUAAAGGACAAUUUCAUAGUGAGUUGGCGGCUUGGGGCCAAUUGCCACGGGUUGAGGAGAACUGGAGCGUGGAAUUACAAACCCUUGAGGGCCAUUCUGGAUGGGUUGAGUCUGUGGCCUUUUCGCCCAAUGGCCAGCUGCUGGCAUCUGGCUCCAAUGACAAGACUAUCAAGCUUUGGGACCCCAACACAGGCGACCUGCACCACACACUUGAAGGCCAUUCUGAUUGGGUUCGGUCUGUGGCCUUCUCGCCCAAUGGCCAGCUGCUGGCAUCUGGCUCCCAUGACAAGACUAUCAAGCUUUGGGACCCCAACACAGGCGACCUGCACCAUACCCUUGAAGGCCAUUCUGAUUGGGUUCGGUCUGUGGCCUUCUCGCCCAAUGGCCAGCUGCUGGCAUCUAGCUCCCAUGACAAGACUAUCAAGCUUUGGGACCCCAACACAGGCGACCUGCACCAUACCCUUGAAGGCCAUUCUGAUUGGGUUCGGUCUGUUGCCUUCUCGCCCAAUGGCCAGCUGCUGACAUCUUGCUCCCAGGACAAGACUAUCAAGCUUUGGGAUCCCAUCAUAGGCAAUCUGCGCCAGACCCUUGAGGGCCAUUCUGGAUGGGUUGAAUCUGUGGCUUUCUCGCCAAAUGGCCAGUUGCUGGCAUCAUGCUCCCAGGACAAGACUAUCAAGCUUUGGGAUCCCAUCACAGCCGAUCUGCGCCAGACCGUUCAGGGCUAUUCUAGUCGAGUUGAGUCUGUGGCCUUCUCGCCCAAUGACCAGCUGCUGGCAUCUGGCUCCCAUGACAAGACUAUCAAGCUUUGGGAUCCCAACACAGGUGACUUGCACCAGACCCUUCAGGGCCAUUCUGGAACAGUUAAGUCUGUAACCUUCUCACCUAAUGGCAAGCUGCUGGCAUCUGGCUCUUAUGACAAGACUAUCAAGCUUUGGAAUCCCCGCACAGGCAAGGUGCGCCAGACCUUUCGGGGCCAUUAUAGUCGAGUUCUGUCUGUGGCCUUCUCGCCCAAUGGUAAGCUACUGGCAUCUGGCUCUUAUGACAAGACUAUCAAGCUUUGGAAUCCCCGCACAGGCAAGGUGCACCGCACACUUGAAGGCCAUUCUGGAUGGGUUGAGUCUGUGGCCUUCUCGCCCAAUUGUAAGCUGCUGGCAUCUGGCUCUAAUGACAAGACUGUCAAGCUUUGGGACCCCAACACAGGCGACCUACACCACACACUUGAAGGCCAUUCUGAUUGGGUCCGGUCUGUGGCCUUCUCGCCCAAUGGCCAGCUGCUGGCAUCUGCAUCUGGCUCUCGUGACAAGACUGUCAAGAUUUGGGAUCCCAGUACAGGCGAUCUGCGCCAAGCCCUUGACGGCCAUUCCAGCCCAGUCUUGUCCGAAAUCAAUGUUGAUAUAUCUAUUCUAGAAAACGAAUGGCUCUGCUUUCGGGGCAGAAGGGUGUUAUGGCUUCCCCCACAAUUUCGUCCAACGUGCUUGGGAUUUAAAGCAGGUAUAUUAGGCCUUGGUCAUUCAUCUGGAAGGGUUUCCUUCAUAUCCGUGACGGCUCAGCUCAGCACCGCUCUCGACGUUCGACAAACACCAUCAAGAUGGCAAGCAAUUGUUACAAUGCCACGCGAGCAAUUAAGACGAACGGCUGCUUAG